AUGGCGACACACGAUCCCCGCCUGCUGUACAGCGUCAACAACAUUCGCGCAUUCCACCUACAAGAUGGCGAAGAGCAGGAACUCACGCCAUCAGGCCCUCAGACUCUGUCCUUGCUAAUGGUCCCUACCAACACCCCGACAUCAAUGACAUCAGGCACCGAGACACCAGAGGAGGACUUCUAUCUUCACUUGUACCUCCCUCCCGAGCUAGACCUGGCCCUGCCCGCUACCACCCAGAUCUACCACCAACCGCCUACCAGCUACCUGAUCCCCCGCUGGGAUAUGGCACCAGACGCGGGCGCCUUCAUUCGCAUCCAAUUCCCUAGCAUGGGCACAGGGCCCGAUAAGGUGACACAAGAUGAAAUCGAUACGUUUGAGACGAUCUUGGCACAGUGUACUGCCUUCCUGGAGCGCGCCGCGCCGCCCAAGGGUCGUGUACAUGCUGCAUACAACCCCGCCGACUACAAGCCGGGUGAAGGAUAUAUAUCGUCGGAUACGGAUGUCAGUCCCGAGACAGGGCACGGCCAGAUCGUGUUGGUGGACGAGGAGGACGGAAGCGUGGUCGGCGAGCUGGGAGAGGGGUAUAACCUGGUGGAGGACCCGGAUGUGAAGCACGGAUCGAAGAGACCGGUGACAAUCGAACUGCCCUCCGAUGGAGAAGGCAACCAAGUCAGUGUGAGCAACGUGUCGGAAGAAUAUCUGGCCAUGUCCCGGCAUCCAGCGUACCAGGACUCGACCAUUGUCCAGACAUCAGCCAUGGCAUCCCGCCUCGUAGUCACCGGCACAUCGAAACUAGCCAAUGUCAUUGCCAGCGGAGCCGAGAGCUUCGCAAAGAAGACCAAACCGAACCCGAAGCCAUUGACCUUCUCCGAGACCACCCAUACACGCAUUCGCAAGAUCGGGACCUUCUCGAACGGCGCAGCGGAUCUCUCCUCCCGGACCGUCGGACAAGUCGGCAAGGUUGCGCAGAACCUUGGCGCAACUCUGCGGAGCAAGGAGAAGGAUUCGAACAAGAAGCGCUUCGACAAGAGCAAUCCACCACUAGACUAUAAGCCCGGCGUGCUGAACAAGUCAAUGAUCGCCUUCUCCACGCUCGCCGACGGCCUCGAGCAGAGCGCACGCACAAUCUUGUAUUCCGGAACUGCGGCCGCCAGCUCGAUGGUCGGCCAUCGCUACGGCGCAGAAGCCGGCAGCGUCGCCUCCAGCCUCACAGGCGGCAUUAAGAACGUGGGUCUGGUCUACAUUGACGCCAGCGGAGUCAGCCGGCGCGCGCUGCUCAAGUCCGUGGCGAAGGGCAUGGUGGUGGGCCGCAUGCGCGACGGACAGCAGGUGGUUGUCGGCGGCGGUGAUGGCGGACAGGGCCCCUCUGGUGCUCACCCCGAGAUGGAAAGUGGUCCUUCGGGCCUGAGAGCGGCAGCGGACCCAGUCGCCCGCCGUCCAUCACCGAAUCCCACGCCGCCUCCUGCGUACGAUGCUUCGGGAACGCUGUCGUUGGGCGGGACGCCUCUGUCGGGGAGCAAGCGAUAG